UGAACCCAGUCUCCUGCUCAUUAUUAGCCGUGGAAACAUCUUCUGUCAAAUGAUCAAGUACAUGAGAGGCUUGUGCAUGGGGGAUAUAAAGAACCUGGGGGCGGGGAGAUCGGAGCCCGACUGACUGCGUUAUUACAUACUUCCUGUGGUAUAUUUAUGACCAAGACUGUAAUUUCCGGUAGCCGAUCUGGACUUAUCCCCCUCUCUCUCACUCCAGUCUGUUUGUAUAUUUACCCCUCCCACGAGCCAGUAUAAACUCAUCAGCUGGGCGGAGUCGCGCUGAAAGGGGACACUGUCUAGCUUAGUAUAGCCCUCCCCACAGACACACUGCUAGAGAGAUAAAGGUGGUGGAUGGGGGAGAGGAUUCCCCCGAAAUAGGACGAGAACAGAGGAUAUUUAAAGCAUCGCAGGAGCAGACUGGUCCCUCCUCCUCCAUCACAGUCUGUAAUAUGAUAAUAAGUUGUUAUUGCAUACUUGCUAUAUAACAUUGUCUAGCAGCUUCUUUCUGGGAUUCCUAUGGAUAUCCACCUGCAGGAAAUGAGCCCAUAAUAAUAUAAAAUGGAGGACUGCCUUCACACUUCUUCGGAAAAUCUCUCUAAGUUAGUGAGUUGGGCCCACAGUCAUGGAACCAUAUGUAGCCUUAUUCCUAACCUGAAGCACUUGCUUUCUGAGGGUUCUCAUGGCACCCUGACAGCAAUGUGGGGCUGUAGUGCUGGCCAUGCCUAUCACUGGCCAUUGACUACUACUUGUCGUGCUGGACCACAAGAAAGAGUUUGUUUCCAGGACAAUAGAAGCUUCAACUCUGACAGCCCCAGCAUACUUGGUGUACCCUCAGAGACUCAAACCAGUCCCUUGGAAAGAUAUCCAGGGAGACCUGGCAAAUCCAAAUUAGACUGCAAUAGAACAAGGGAUUCUUGUGACUUUCCCUACUGUAGCGAGCCAUCGGAGAUUGAUGAACCAGUAGAGGAAUAUGAAGAUGAAGCCACAUUAUUUGACAUGGUGUGUGAGUCAUCUGUGACUGAUGAAGACAGUGAUUUUGAGCACACAGUCCAGCAAUCAUCAAGUACUUCUCGAAAAAGGUCAAGUGGUGGACUUAACUCUUCUCUUUCAGGAUCCCAGACUCAUAUUGCAGACGAGGAUAGCAGUGAUGUAAUUGUAAAAAAGAUCAAACAGGAAAAUCCUGAAGACUAUUACAUUGUUGCAAAUGCGGAACUCAAAGGAGGUGCUGACGGCCCCACAAUAUCUCUCACACAGAUGUCUAAGCCGAAGAAUCAGACUCUUUCAUCAUCUCCUUUUGUUGGUACGUCAAAAACAUCCAAUAUAGUACCUCCAUCCAUAAACACUGAUUUGGACAUACAAGCUAUUACACCUUCUCCGCUGGUUCUGCCUCGGCAUCCUCCACAAAACCCCCCCCAGAGACCAACACCAACAUCACAAAACAAAACUGUACCUAAUGCUUCCUUAGUCAACCAACAAGUAGCACUUCAAAUGCCUGUCAGCACAUCCACAGGAAAUCCUAAUCAGCCCAUUAGCAUUCCUUUAUCAGCACUUCAAUUGCCAGGACAGGAAAAGAAGGAGAUCUCAGAAGAGCUUCUUCCCCCUGUACUAAAGCCAGUAUUGCCCAAUGAAGUAGCACUUUCACCUUCAAUAAGUGCGGAACCAGAAGUUAGCUCAAGUCAGCAGCAGUCAAAUAACAUCCCAAUUAUCAACUGUGAGACAACACCACAAUCAAUACCAGAUGAGGAUGACAUUUUGGGGGAGCUAAACAGAGAACAGAAUGAGAAGACCAUUAGAAGCACACAAACAGCUCUACGCAACUUUGCAUAUUCCACCAAGCUCAACAGAUUUCCCAUGUUUCAUUUUCAAGAUGAUCUAAAGGACUUGUGUAUCAGUGCAGUCAGCUCGAACACUACCAAGGCUACCUUAUAUGCUCUGAAUGUGUGGAGGUACUGGUGCAUGACAAGGGGAUUGAAAGACUGCAUGGACUUCACUAAGGUCCCUGCUGUUAAGCUGAAUGAGCUUUUGGAGGACUUUUAUGUGACUGUAAAGAAAACUGAUGGCUCUGAUUUUCUGGCAACCUCGCUUCAUGCUAUACGCAGGGGAUUGGACCGUAUCCUGAAGAAUGCCGGAGCUGGAUUCUCCAUCACCAGCAGCGUUUUCAAUUCCUCUUCCCAGAAACUGAAAGAAAAGCUGCGAAUGCUUAACAGAGCUGGCAUGUCUGGGUCCCGCUCACGCAACAUUGUCUACUUUACUCUGGCAGAUGAAGAGGAAAUGUGGAGAAUUGGAUGUCUAGGGGACGAUGGGCCUGUAGCUUUACUGUCUUCAGUGGUUAAAUACAAUAGUCAAUUCCUAAAUAUGAGGACUUUACAGGAACAUGCAGACCUGAUGUAUGGGGAUAUUGAAUUGCUCAAGGAUGCAAACAAUAGACCUUUUUUUGCAAGAACAGAUAGCGUGAAGCGGGACAAGCAGGCUAAUCCCAGCAAGAUGUGCUACGGACAGAUUUACCAUGAGCAUUCAAAAGGCCCCAGGCGAUGUCCAUACUGUCUUUUAUAUAAGUACAUGUACACCUACCGGCCCCCAACCCAGGUUGAAGUGCAUUCCCCUUUUUACCUGACUGCUCGGAAAGAGGUCACUAGCAAUGAAAAGAUCUGGUAUGAGGAGCAGAGAAUGGGCCUUCGAUCUCUGCGUGGCGUCGUUCCAAAACUGGCAAAGCGCGUGAAGCUUGACCAAUGUGACAAUUACACCUUUGUCUCAUUUACUCAAACAUUAAAAAAGUUUGGCCCACUCCACAGCUAUUAAUAACGAUAACGCUCAAAUAUGAUUAAUAACUAAUGAUUUAUAAAUUAGUUACGUGUACAUUCAACCCAGUGGGAGGGAACAUAGGAGAUGUAAUUUACUCACAACUGGGAAUAUGGCAGAAUUUAUAUGACAUGCAAUGUUAUCUAUGGGAUCAGGUUUUGGCUAAAUAUUGCUUAAAAGUAUCACAGGAUGUAGUUUCUUUUUUAAGCAAUAUUAAAAAAUGAACAGAGUUGUCUAUUAGUGCCUUUUGGGAACAUUUGUUUAAAGUACAACAAUAAAUAGACAAAAAAACAAUCACUAAUACCCAAA